AUGACUUCGACGGCGACUAAUCAAGCUCCGCUAUCUACUCUGAUCGAUCACUACAACAAUCCUUUCUUCCUCCACAACUCCGAUCAUGCUGGAUUGGCUCUUUUUUUCGAUCGCCUCUCUUCCGGUGCUGAGUUUCACUCUUGGCGACGCUUGGUUCGAAUGACGCUCAACGUCCGUAACAAAUUGGGGUUUAUUGAUGGUAUGAUUCCUCAACCUCCUUCUGAUCACCGUGAUUCGGGUGCUUGGUCUCGUUGUAACGACAUGGUCUCGACUUGGUUGAUUAACUCUGUAUCCAAGAAGAUAGGUCAGAGCUUGCUCUUUAUGUCUACUGCUGAAUCGAUAUGGAAGAACUUGAUGACUAGGUUUAAGCAAGAUGAUGCACUUAGGAUCUUUGAGAUUGAACAAAGAUUAAGUAACAUUCAGCAGGGAUCUUCUGAUGUGAGCACAUACUACACGGAGUUGGUAACAUUGUGGGAAGAAUACCAAAACUAUGUUGAUCUUCCUCUAUGUACGAGUGGAAAGUGUGAAUGUAAUGCAGCUCUAUCUUGGGAGAAGCUUCAACAACGGAGUUGA